UAAAUUGGAGUAGCCGAAAUCAGUACGAAGGAGAUCGAUCCCGAAAAAGCAAAGAGAAAAUCGAAAUUCAGAAUUUCAAAAGUGAUCAAAAGCGACAAGAAUCAGUGGGUUCUCUUCACUUUCGUGCGUCUUCUAAUUUUUCCUACCCUGAUUCGGAAAAUACGUGUGUCACAAAUCAGGAAAGUUUCAAGCAAAAAUCAUUUCAAUUUCCACAACCCCAUCUUCUUCCUUCCACUUGUCCUCUCAGAUCUGAUCUAUUCAUGUCUUCACUGCCACAGGACCCUUGGGCUUGUGCUGCUGGUAGUAGAGGUUGCUGUUCAAUGUUUGAGGAGGUGCUCUUGAAUCCUCCUUUUCGUGACAAGGGAGGUUCUUUGUUUGUCUUGUUGUCUUGCUCCAUUACAGGGCAUUUGGCUUGAGAGGGAUAGUAUAGUUCUUUUGGGGGUUGAUCCGUAUGGGGGGGAUGUUUGGGAUGUGAUUGAGUUUAACUCAUCCCUUUGGGCAUUUGUUAACACUGUUUUUUCUGUAACUAUAUUGUUAAUAUGGUUGGGGAGUGUUAGUGGCUCAAUCGGGGAGUUCCUCCUUCUGCCUUUUAAGGAGAAGGGCCCCUUUCUUUAGAAAGCUGGGGUGUGUGCCUUGUUAUGGGUUUUGUGGGGAGAAAGAAAUAACAGAAUGCUUAGAGGGUUGGAGAGGGACCCUAGUGAUGUGUGGUCUGAAGUUUUAUGUCUCCUUCAAUUUCGAAGACCUUUUGUAACUACUCUUUAGACAACAUUUUAGUUAGUUGGAACCUGUUUCUUUGAGAGGGUUUUUUGUGGGUUUGAUUUUUUAUGCGCCCUUGUAUUCUUUCAUUUUUUCUGAAUGAAAGUUGUUAUUUCUAUCCAAAUAUAUAUUUAUAUAUGCACAUAUAUAUAAUAUGAUUAAUAUGAUUCUUUUGGAUUGAAGCCACUCUUUGUAAUUUGUAAUUGGGCGUGAGGGUUGUUUUGUUUUGUUUUGUUUUUUUUUUGUUUUUUUUUUUUUGUUUUUGUUAUGCUCUUGUAUAUCCACUCAUCUUUCUCAAUGAAUGUUGGUUUCUUAUAAAAAAAGAAAAAAAAAAUUGCAAGGUAAACCUGGUUGAUAAGUGAUGGGUGUAAUUAGUAUAUGACUAAGAGUUAAAAAUUUGAUUCUCAUGAUGAUAGAUCAAACCUCAAGGUUGGUUUUGAAAGCGUUGUGAAUGGGGAUUCAGACGAUGGGUUCUCAAUUGAACGGCCAACAAUCUCAUUUACAACCUGCCCCAUUGACAAGGCAAAACUCAUGGUACGGUCUUACUCUUGAAGAGGUUAAAAACCAGUUAGGUGAAAUGGGAAAGCCAUUAGGCAGCAUGAACCUUGAUGAGCUUCUUCAUAACAUCUGGACAACUGAAGCCAACCAAUCCAUGGGAAUGGAGAGUGAGAGUUCCUCUUCAGUAUAUUCUCUCCAACGUCAGGCCAGUUUCUCACUGGCCAGAGCAUUGAGUGGGAAGACUGUUGAUGAUGUGUGGAGGGAGAUUCAACAUGGGCAGAAGAAAAAAAAUCGUGAAGAUUUGAACAGUGAGCAUAGUGAGAUUAUACUUGGUGAGGUGACUUUAGAGGAUUUCUUGAUACAAGCAGGGAUUUAUGCUGAGGCUUCUCCAAGUUCCAUUAUGGGCUUGGAUGCCAUUGAUACUAUGGCAUUGGCAGAGAGGAAUUUUUCACAGAAAAUGGGCUUGUUGUCAUCAACCCCUUCACUAGGCACACAAUCAGAUACAACGACACCAAAACGGAGAAGGGAUCCCUCAGACACACCUGAGAAGACUAUGGAGCGGAGGCUAAAGAGAAAAAUCAAGAAUAGGGAGUCUGCGGCUCGCUCUCGAGCCAGAAAACAGGCCUACCAUAAUGAAUUGGUGAACAAGGUCUCACGUCUUGAAGAGGAGAAUUUAAAGCUCAAGAAAGAGAAGGAAUUCGAGAACACGAUGCAAAGCGAACCAAUCUUGGAACCGAAGUAUCAGCUGCGUAGAACUAGUUCAGCUGCCUUCUAAGCUACUCCAUUCGGACAAAUGGUAUUGGUUUGGGUCUGUUGGGAGAAUGUUGCAUUAGGUAUACAGAGUUACUUGACUGCAUGUGUAGGAGUAAUUCUAAAAUGUUUAAAAUCACUUUUGUCGUACUUAAAAUCACUCUGAAACACACUUUUAAUCACUUAAAAUUAAUUUAAUAUUUAACAAAGCAUUUCUUAUACUAUUAAAAUUGAUUUUGAAUGAUAAAAGGUAAUUUUUGAGUGGUUUUAAAAAUGACAAAAGUGAUUUUAACCAUCUUAGAAUCACUCCUCAACGUGUUAUGAAUUAGUAAGGGUCCAAUGCUGAAUAGUAUUUGGUUUACAUGUAUAUUAUUUAUUGAUCCAAAUCUUAUCUUCAGUUAUAGAGCAGCAAAAGUGCAAUGUUUAUAAUCAUGGUUUUGCUUCAUUGGGAUGAAUGUCAAGCAAUCCCCAUCUAAUACUACAGUUUUUUUAAGGUUA